AUGAACGAUGAUCUGGAAAGUGUAGUUAGGAAGACUGCAGCAUUCAUAGGAAUUCAGCACGAAAGAAAUAUUGAGAAGGCUGUGGAAAUGAGCUCUUUUGAAUUUAUGAAGGGAAACCAGAAAAAAUUUGCAGAUAUGCACAUCGCACGUUAUCGGAAUGAAGCUUGCGGGGUACCCCAUGAUGCUGUGCCCAAUAAGGUUGUCACAGGAUCUGCAUCAAAAGGACGAGAGUUAAUGGAUGAUAAAACGAAAGAAAUAAUUCAAGGAAGGUGGCUGGAAGUUGUUGCUAAACAAGCUGGAUUUCAAGAUUAUAAUGAGUUGAGAAGUGCAUUCCAAAAGAAUAAUAAUUAA